AUGAUGGGCCAAAAUCUCUUGCGCAUCAAUGUGAAUGGUUACUUUACUGAUGAUAUUCCCAAGCUGCGAGGCUUAAAGCAAGGUGACCCCAUUUCCUCUAUUUUGUACAAUUUGGCUAUUGAACCCUUUCUGCGGUCUAUUCUCAAUGAUCCAUUGUACCACGGCUAUCAAAUGCAGUAUGCAACUGACCAUCCCAACUAUAAUGCUAAUGACCCUUUAGUUCAUGUGUCAAAAAACCUAUGUUACGCUGACGAUGCUUUUGUAUUUGUUCAAGACCUUCCUGAUCUGGCAAGACUCGAGUAG